AUGUUCAGGGCGAAGAAUUACCGUCUCACGCAUAACGGACAAGAGCCGGAUAUGGAAGAAAGCACCGAAGACGCUCAGAAUGAGCUAGAAAAUCAAGUGCCUCUCGAUGUGGACGCCUAUUCAGGCCAGGCAAAUAGCGCAAACAGUUUCAGAGAGUCGAGAGCGCUGUUGCGGCAAUAUCUACAGGAAAUUGGCUACAGUGAAGCGAUCCUCGAUGUGCGUUCAUUUCGAGCAAAGAACCUUCUGGGUCUGGUNAUGUUCUUUGGAGAAGGAGGAACUCAUCGUAGAUUCACGUUAUUCUUGUCAACACUGAUUGUGAGGCAAGCAGCUGCAAAAGCGUUGCAAGAUACCGAUCGUGCAGUGAUGGAAGUGGCGCAUUUUCUGAAUAAGAAAAAAGGAGGGGAUACGCAGAAUCGUGGCAUAACUGAUGAUAGUGAUUCUGAUGAUGAAGACAAGGUACGAAAGGGAGCUGGAAAGGAUGGAUUGGAUCCUGAGACAGUGGAUGCAUUGGGAGAGUUUUCAUUCUUGAAAGAGGAUGGCAAUAAAUCGCCUACUGGAACUGCGAAGAAACGUGUUGAUAGUGGAGCGGAUGAAUGGAGUGUCAACCAACAUACCAUCAAUCAAAUGAAGGAAAAAUUCAGAUCUGAGCAAGAACGUAAACGAAGUAACAGUCAAAGUGAGUCACCAGGAGGUGCUUCCAAAAACACUUCCUUACAUCAGAUGUUUCGUACAGGACACGACGACAUCAAACGCGAACUUCCUACGGAUGAAAUUCAGCAAAUGUUCGGUGCGAAGUCGUCGAAGAAAGAUUAUAUGGAUAUAAACGCUGCACUUGGGAUAGCGGAUGAGGCGAAUGUGGAUAUCAAAGAUGAAUUUAACGCACCUGACGACGAUAACACGGCGAUACGAUGGAACCUUAAGUUCACGUUGCGAUCGCAUUACGACAGCAUUCGAGUGAUGCAAUUCCAUCCGGUCGAACCCGUCCUCAUAACGGCCAGCGAAGAUGGAACGGCAAAGCUGUGGAAUUUGGGCACCACAAAUCCGAAAUCAGAAUCAGCGAAAGGCGGUUCGUAG